CUGAUGGUAUGCCUCUCACCAAUAUAUGACGUGGAGAGCGCCACUCGUGGUGCGGUCAAUUUCAAUUCUCCAAUUUUUGUCUCUUUACUAUACUACAGUAUAUUAGCGAUUGUGCAGUCGAUUGUUGCAGAUUACAUUUGCUGUCUAGAUUGUACUGUCACCUUAUCUCUUGAUCUUCUACUAUAUAAUCCUACAUAAUACUCUUUGCCUCACUGAUACACAGACACUUAAUUACUUUUCCCUUCAACUGAAGAGGAAGAGACUACACAUUAACAUGGCAGCUGCAACUCUGCCAAUUGAGAUUAUUCAAUUAAUACUUCUCUCCGCGGAACCCGAAGCGUACCAUUCCGCCCGCCUCGCGUGCAAUUCCUGGAGACAUGCUGCCUCGAGCUCUUUCAUGCUUCGAGAGGCACUCAAAAAGACGCCAACUCCGCUCCCUCCAGUGGAGGACAUGACAGAGGAUGACUGGAAUACUCUCUUCAACCAGAUUGCGCACCUCAAUCUACUGGACAGACGCGACCAUAUCGAGAAGAUGGUUAUAGAGCAAAAACGCCCACCGAAGUGUACAUUUUCCACAGUUGUUGCUGUGUCGGGUGAUCGCUCGAAGCUCGCGGCAAUGCAUGGAUCCAGGGUUGUCGUCUACAACAUCAAUAACGAGACUCACGACCUCGAAUUCGGCCUCGCUCGAUCUCUCUAUCCUCUAUGGACAACCAUGAGUCGCACAUUGGCUGACGGCAUGAGGAGUUGGAUGACCAUGGGCCAGCAUUACGCCAAAUAUCACAUCGCCCUCUCGACUCAUGGCAACUUGAUCGCAGUCGCUCUGGGAAAGUCUAUCCACAUCUAUGAUCUCCAAAACCCGAGCAGCCUCGAUUCUCCCGCAGAAGGCGUAAUUGGGGAUAAUGAGACGGUUUCUGUCGCGGCUGGUGUCACCGGAUACGAGGAGGCAAAGGGAGUGGUCGAGUCUCUGGAGUUCGUCGAAAACGACAGUCUACUUCGCGUCGUGAUUGGAAAGGAGCCAAAUGCGAAUCGACAGACACGCGUGCGUUAUCUGGGCAAGCCCCCUCCAAGAUGGGGUUCCAGUCGCAGCUGUUCAACUGUCACAGAGAGCCUUGAGUAUUGGAAAGAGAACAUGAACCACAUAUACUUGGACUCUGUGGCACUUGCCGUUUCUUUCCGCGAUGACAACAAGACUGCUUUCCAAGCGGUGCAGUUAGUACCAGAGUCGGUUUGUGAAGGCUGGACGGAUCAGCCUGGGAGGUUCUUCAUCGCAGCACUUCAAAAUACCGGCAUCAACGGCUACUGCAUCGCCUUCGUUUCUAGCGUCGACAAUAAGGUCACCAUAUGGAGACAGCUACCAUCGCGGACCGACCGGAUAUCAGAUCGCUGGGCCAAGUUUUUCGAGCCGAUUCCUCAAGAGAAGAAGUUGAGCCUCGCGGUCAGCGACGCCAUGGUGGUCGCGCGAAAUCGCCAAGUGGCCAAGGAUCGCUGGAAUCCAGUCAACAUGCCAUACGUCACGUCGACGCAUCCAAUGGCGGCCAUAUCGGACGACGGGAAAAUCCUAGUUGUUUUCGAGCCCGGGGCCGGACAUUCAUACAGCUUCUCGAAUGGCGGUGCGCUUUAUGUCUACAGCAUGCAGUGGUGUGAUCCCGAGUUUAGACCGCGACAGUGCACCAGCGGAGACAAGCGAUCAUCACCUCAACAACAGCCCUUCUCCAUUGAUGGGGUGUCUCCAAGCAUCCAACCGUGGUCUUUCCUCUUGGAUAUCAUCAACGUCGACAUCGACCGGCUCCGCGUUGAGGAGAGGGAGCAGCGAGAAGGGGCAGGAAAGGUGUACCUGGUCAGAGCCGAGACUGCCCAUGAAGUGAUGGAAUGGCGGCUGGCCUGAGAGCGGUGAAACGGAAUGAAUCAUGGCAUUACUGUACUUUUCGCGUCGGUAGCCAUCUCCGCGUGGCUUCUUGACGUAAGCGUGAAAGAGGGAGUUACGGAGUUUCAACAGGUAAUGGAUGUGGCGCAUUUGCAAGGCGUUCGGUUAUAAGAAAAGUUUGGGUAAGAUCAGCAUGACAGCGAUCAAAUAUUUUGGUGAUUCCCGGUCCUACUGCAUUGUAUAGAGAACGAGAUCUCAGUAACAUCCUGAGACCGCCGUACGUCUUUUCCUACAAGAAUUGUUCUGAUAUGUUUAUACGGGAAUAGAAGCCUUUUUAGUUACUAGAUGAGUCACAAUAAAUUAAUAACU